AUGAUACUGCCAACUGAACAUUAAUGCUUCGAAAUGUAAUUCUCAAAUUUGAGUAUAGGUAAUCAGUAAAAUGCCUUGUUGAAAGUUAUAAAGAAGCAAUUAUAUACUAUGAUAAGGUUCUUUAAAUCGAUCACUGUGCUGAAUUAAAUCACAAUCACAAUAUUAUGUUUAUUAUUUUAUAGAAAUAGCUAAAAAUGAAAAAAACUUAAUAACUUUAAAAAUGA